AUGAGCAGAGAUAUCUGGCCUGAAAAUGGACUUCACUCACAAGGACAAAUGCUGAAAAUUAAUAAUCUAUUUCGGCAAGGAUUCCCAACAGGCGCCAGCUCAUUCGAUAUCGACCCAGUCCAGGAACUCGUCGUGAUAGGCACGCGAUUCGGUGCCGUGAGAAUCUUUGGUCGCAAGGGAGUCGAUGUUUCUUUCGAACAUGCGAGUCAGACUGAACUGACGAAUCUUACUUUUAUUGUCAACAAGGGUUAUUUGGUGACAGUUGGCGAUGGAUACAACUUGCAUCUUUGGGACUUGAACUCGCCAAGGCCAACUUUGCUCCACACGCUUCGAUUUAGCUCGGAAAGGGUGAGCUACGUCUACUCGCCGGUGGAAUCGGACUGGUUGUUUGUCGGAACGGAGAAGGGCAAUAUUCAUAUUGUGCAGCUACCGAGCUUCCAAUUGUCCAGCUAUACGAUUCAUUGGAACAAAGCAAUCGAGCUGAGUUGUCGUUCCCGCCCGGGCAAAAUCUGUCAAAUACAAGAAAACCCUUAUGAUUCAAACAAACUCCUCCUCGGCUUCGAAUCCGGAUACUUGGUUCUUUGGAACAUCUCCGAGAAAAACGCCGAGUUGCGGUUCCGCUGUCACGCGGAGCUGACAUGCCUUUUCUGGCACCACGAAGGGAAGCAGUUUAUGACGGGCCACAAAGACGGUCAGCUAGCGAUUUGGAACGUCAAAUCGUCAGAACCGACGGCGAAAUUUAACCCGUACCAGGACGAUAAAGAGUCGGAAGCUGAGCGAGUGCGGAGCGGGUCGAAAUUUUCCCCGAUCGAGCAAGUUGCCUGGUUUGGAAAAUCGAAUGGCGACAAGCGGAAUCUUGUGUCGGUUCUGAGAGGAUCAGAUGUUUCAAUGCUCGAAAUGGACUACAAGAUCUUGUCUUUUAAGCCGAUUCUUAAGAGUCCCUGGACAUGCGAAAAUGAGCCGCCAAAAUCGCUGAUGAUUUUGCUGGAGCGAGAUUGGGUGACUAUCGAUUUGGAUCCUCAAAAGAAAUUUGCUGUUAUUCCAAAUCCACAUGCGGUUGACAUACACGAGUCGCCCGUCACCGCGGUGAAGUACAUUGCAGAUGAAAAAUCAAUUUUGACGAAGCUUCUUCUUCAUUCUUCUUCAAAAAGCGCGACUCAAGAAAAAGCUCCUGAAUCCUGGCCGAUUGGCGGUGGUGAAUUAGCCGACGUAGAGGAGCAACAGUCUGAGAUAUUGAUCAUGGGCCACGAAAGUGGCAGCUUGAAAUUCUGGGUGCUUGCCGACCUGUUCGACCCGCAAAGCAUCGCUGGUCUCAUUGACACAGAUUGCGAAGAGCCGCUGGCAAUUAUGUCGAUUGAACUGUGUUUGCAUACCCAGACACUAGCCGUCUGCGGCGCCGCUGGCCACGUGCUCGUCUUCAACUUUGACAACUGCCUCCUCGAGCGAGUGACUUCCCUCGCGAGGGGGAGAUGCCAUCUCAGACUUCGAUCAAAUCUGCAGCAACAAAGUGGCAAUUUUCAACUCGUCGCAGCACUCGAGUGUUUGGAAAGCGAGGAUGAUCUGGCUAAAAUCUUCUCUCUGUCGAUCAACACGCACUGGGGAAUUGUGGUAGUUGGAACGACAAAUGGCGUCAUUGUUUUUGACUACAUUCAAAAGAAGAAGAUUCUGGCCAUGUCUACUGCUGAUUUACAGACAUCAAUCGAUAGCAGAGCGAGUCGGUCCAAAUCUCAAGGCUUGACGGACAUAAUCGAAAUGGAAAACCAAAAAUCACUGGACAAUGAGCAAAUCAAGCCCCAAUCUUCGCCAAACGCGAGGAGGGGCUGGCGAACUUCGAAGGUUUUUUCGUGGAAGUCCUCUAUGUCUUCGGGCAAGUCUUCUAUUGCCUCAUCGAUGGCGUCCUCCGACGGAAGUUUUUCGCAGUCUCUGGCGACUUCGAUUGAUGAUCACUCGAUGGCGAGCAGUUGUAAUCGGCUCAACUCUAUCUACGACGAUUCGGUGAUCUCCGACAGUGGGGAUGCGAUAAACUGCUUGGAGACCUGCAUAACACCGGAGAAAAAGGAAGCGGGGGCCAACGAUUUGGCUCGGCUUCCAGUCAGGAAAAGCCAAAUAAUCUGCUUGCGCUCCCCUUUGGUGUCGAUCCUCUUCUUCGAAUCCGACCGAAUCAUAUCCUGUACAAAUGCCCAGAACAAACUGCCAGAUGCUGAGAAAUUCUACAAUAUAAUCGCCGCCGAGCGACAGAUAAAGGUGGUGAGCGCCUGCUCGAGGAACAACAAAGAUGUAAAUAUUGCUCCCGAGGACUUUGGACUGCUUUAUAAGGUGCAAGGCGUGGAGGUUGGAAAUACAAGUUAUUUGGCUUGUUUUUCGACAGCUGGGAAUAUUCUGUUUUAUUCCUUGCCAGGCCUGAAACUACUCCUCAAUGUUUCAUACGUUCCCCGCGUGAAUCAAAGAAUCCUCUCGACCAUGAGUUUCAUCAACAACGGCCGCGGCACUUAUCUAAUGAGCCCCUUCGAAAUCCAACACUUUUGCUACACAAAGGAGUCUUUCGACGAACAAAGCCGCCAUCAGCCGAAAUUGAUCCGCGAAGUUGCUCUUCGAGACCGCCCCUCGACAUCGUUUUUCGGCUCCAUUUUCUCAAGUCGGACGAAUUCGAACAAUCGAAGUGAACUUUUUGGCGAAACGAAAAAUUCUUCUCAAAUUGCUACUUUUAUUCCCGGCGAUUUGGACCGAGAAACAUCAGGAUUAGCAGGAGAAUUGGCGAAAAUGCGGCAAAACGUAAUGAAGCGUCAGGAAAAUCUACAAUCCUGCACUGACGAGACUGAAAAAAUGAAGGAAAGUGCAAGUCAAUUUCAAACAAAUGCGAAGCAGCUCAAAGAGAAGUUCAAGACAAAAAAAUGGUUUCAGCUUUGA